AUGGACACGCAUCAUGUGAACCUGAAUUUUUUCCCGCACGAUGAGGAAGAAGAAAAGGUAAACAUAGCAAGUAAUUUCAACCUGUACUGCUCGCGCGAGCUCCUUAAACAGUUAAAGCUAAAUGAAAAUGACAACGUUGUUAUGUGCCACACGAAGGCAGGAAGGAAGGCAUAUGUCUGCUGCUGCGUGAAGGACUGUACUGAGUUGAUCUCGAAAAAGCAGACAAAGUGGAAUGACGUCUUUGCGAAUACAUUUUUGUUGAACAGUUUGAAAAUUGGCAUAUCGAGCGAAAGUCAGGAGGGGGAGCAGCAGGAUGGUUGUGAAGGCAACGAGCAUGUCAGCAGGGGAAGUAAGUCUGGGAGCAAGAAGCAAACUGACAAAAAGAGCCACAACGUGCGCGUUGAAAUAAGGAAGGCUGAGCUGUACAUCUCCAUCAAAAGAAUAAAACUUGGAGUGCAGGAAAUAAUUAACGAAUCGUAUGAAAAUUUAAAGGACCAUUACCAUGAUGAACAUAGUAGCUAUAUGCUGCAAACCUUUUGGAAUAAUCUGAAAAGUAAGAAUAUGGAGAGGUACAUAAAUCUGUCCUUGUUAAAUACUUGCCUGUUCCCAGGAAACUGCCUCAAAAUUUGUGUGCUCGGUGUGCAAACGCGCUUGACCGUCACAGAGUUGGCCGUCCAAAUGAAAGAUAAGCAACACUGGGACGUGGUCCCUCUGGGUAAGGAUUUCCGCGUCCCCUACAUAAAUCAGAGUACCAAAAUUGUCGUGGAGAGGGCAGCCGCGGUGCCGUCGGAGAGUGCAAGCAGUGAUGCAAACGGCAAUAACGACAGUGAUGCCAACAGUGGUGACAGCGUAACGGGUCCACACCGAGGGGGAAACAGAACCAAUGAAGCGACGCCCAACGAGGGCGCACACCCAGGGGAUAACGCCAAAAAAAUCAAAAAGGGAAAAGACAAAAAUUACCCAGAAAAUACAGAAAGCCGAAAAAAGAAGGGACUAAAAAAAAUAGGGGGGUACCAAAAAAUUAAAGACGAAAUUUAUUACUACAUUUUAUUGCCACUCAUUUAUAAAAAUAUAUAUGAUGAAUUCCACAUCGAUAUAAACAGAGGCAUUUUGCUGCAUGGACCUCCAGGGUGUGGAAAAACCUUCAUCGCUUUGGCAAUCAAGGAGGAGUUACUACUAUUGAGGAGGAAAUUAUCACAAAUGAAGUUGAAGAACAAAAUGAAUCACCUAAUUACAUCAAAAAAGGAGGAGGACGCAACAGAGCAAUGCGGACAGGCACAAACGGGCUGUCACAACCAAAGUGGGAAUUUAAUUGAUGAUCAUCUCAUGGACGAUAUCGUCCUGCCAGAAAUGGAAAUUCUAAAAAGUACAGACCUAAUUGAUAACAACAAUAGUGGGUCGAAGAUUAACGAACUUUUUCUAAGGUGCCAUAAGAGAUACAAAGAAGAAAACAAAUGCUCCAUCGUGUUCAUUGACGAAAUUGAAAUUCUUUGUGAGAAGAGGGAAAAUGCAAAUAUAAAUUUAUAUACUUCUUCUUUGCUUAACAAUAUGGAUGGUAUAAAAAAGAACACACACACCAUUUUAAUAGGGGCAACAAACUACAUUAAUCAAAUGGACUUAGCCUUGAGGAGAAGUGGAAGGUUUGACAAAGACAUCGAGAUAAAUGUACCCAACUUGAAAGACCGAAUUGCUAUUUUUAAGAAAAAGCUAAACAGAAUCCAUCACAACAUAAGUGUUAAGCAAAUUAAAGAAAUUGCAGACUUGUGCCAGUCCUUCACUUGCUCCGAUAUCAACGCGUUAAUAAACGUCUCCAUGUAUAUCUAUUUGAGGGAAAAUCGUGUUGUGUCUCGCAAGGCGUUUAGAGGGACCUUGCGGGGUUCGCACAACGGGGAGGGGGUCGAAGAAGAAGGAAAAAAAGGGCAAAAGGGAAGCGAAAAUAAAGGGGAAGAAUCGGGGGAACAUAACGCGGCAGCAAAGGCAACCCAGGGAGUAUUCCAACCUGGCGAAGCAGCGCACCUCCUCAAAUACAAACACCUACUGAAGGGGCUAAAAUAUGUGAAGCCCUCCGGCAUGAAAGAACUUUACGUAGAUAUCCCCAAGACAAGAAUCAAAGACAUAGGGGGCUACCAAUUUGUGAAGAGGUGCAUUAAGGAGUGUUUAAUAUACCCCAAAAAAUACAAACAUGUGUACGAAAAAUACAAUAUACAAAGCCCCAAGGGCAUAUUGCUGUAUGGCCCCCCAGGGUGUUCCAAAACUCUAUUCGCAAAAGCAAUAGCUAGCGAAAUAAACAUGAAUUUCAUCAGUGUUAAGGGGCCAGAAAUUUUUUCUAAAUAUGUUGGAGAAUCUGAAAAGACAAUUAGAAAUAUAUUUAAGAAAGCUCGGGAAAACAAUCCCUGUGUAAUUUUCUUUGACGAAAUUGACUCCAUCGCGGUGAACAGAAAUUUGAACCAAAAUUUUGUCACCAACAGGGUCCUAUGUCAGCUGCUAAACGAAAUUGACGGAAUUUACAACCGAGUCGAUGUAAUAAUUUUGGCAGCCACCAACCGACCCGAUCUUAUCGAUCCUGCUUUGUUAAGACCAGGAAGGUUCGAUCGAAUUAUUUAUGUCCCCCUCCCAAAUUAUAAGUCCAGAUUAUCUAUUCUUAGGAAGACUCUAAAGUUUUACAAAAUUAAUAAUAUGAUAAAUGGACGGGCGGGAAAUGACUCCCCAAGUAAUUCCUGCGUGGGGAACUCUCCACCCUUGAAAAGGAACCUUGCAUCACAAGGGAGAGAAAACGCAUCGCACCGGAAUCCUUCUUCAGACACGGAUAAAAUGCACACUAUGGAAAAACUACAAAUGAAGAACGAAAAACAUUAUGUUGAUUGUGACUUGGAUUCGUGUACCCCUACGAACGCCAUGCUACAGAACGAAGAGAAACCGCCAAAUGGGAUCGAUCUUUCCAUAUGUGAAAAAAGUGGGGGAAAUGAUAAAAAGAUAAAUGAAGAACAAUUUCCAGAGGGGGUGAACAACAGCUGUCAUGUGAAGGGGGACCACCAAAAGGAACCCCUCCUCCCUCAUGAUAACAAUUUCAAAGAGCUGUGCCAAUUCUUGGCCAAGAAAACAAAAAAGUAUAGCGGGGCGGAAAUUGUAAAUAUUUGCAGAGAAGCAUCCAUAUGUGCAUUACGAGAGACUCUGAAAAAGUGCAGAAAUGAAAAACAAAUGCAGAGGGGAUCCUUCCCCAGAAGUUCUUUGGUUAGUUUAAGCAAAGAGCAUUUUGUGAAAGUCUUAAAAAAAAUUAAACCGCAAACAUCCGACAAGCUUAUAAGGUUCUAUAAAAAGUAUAACGAACAAAAAAAACGGUAA